AUGCAGCUCGUGGUUACCACCAGCGUAUUUGCCCUCAGCGUGGCGAUGAUGGCCCGUGCGACCACGCUCAAUAUCUACAAUCAGUGCGAUGAGAGUAUCGAGCUCUACGAUAACUCGGCAAUCGAGACAAUUGCAGUUGGCAGCAGUACGACCCGUACACUCAUAUCAGGGUUCAACGGCAUGUUUCGCAACGGCGUUGGGCCGCAGGCCACACUGGCCGAGUUCUCCAUCACGGGUGGUUACACCUGGUACGACAUCAGUAUCAUCCCGACAGGAUCAACAACUGGGCCAGGCCACUGCGAGUCACUUGAAGCUUGCAAGGCCGUCACAGGCGGCAUCGGUUUCAACACCGCUAUGCAGAUCUCACCCGCGGGAUGCACCACCGUCACCUGUAUGGCCGACGGCUGUGCCGAUGCAUAUCAGCAUCCUAGCGACGGCACCAAGACGCAUUCGUGCUCUGACACCGCUAUCAUCGACCUGAUCUUCUGCCCCGGUGGAGACAUCUCAGCUACCAUGACUUCACCUCCAAUAACUUAUUCUGGAACCUUUGCGCCAAUGACGAUACAUGAAGCUUCUACUCAGGCAACAGAACCUCCGGCCACCGCAUCGCAGCCUCACCUUCGAUUUCCACUACGCCCAACGCCACAGCUCACGCCUGCUACCAUUGCCUCAGGCUGA